GCCCCACCCCCUAAAUGCCCUACGUGGCCCCUUCCAGCCCCUGCAGGUACAGAAGGAUGUCGGGCUGCUACCGCCCCCCUGGGAACGAGACCCUGCUGAGCUGGAAAGGCUCUCGAGCCACAGGCACCUCCUUCCUGCUGCUGGCAGCGCUGCUGGGCCUACCGGGCAACGGCUUCGUAGUGUGGAGCUUGGCUGGUUGGCGGCCCGCACGGGGGCGGCCGCUGGCGGCCACGCUGGUGCUGCACCUGGCGCUGGCCGACGGCGCGGUGCUGCUGCUCACGCCGCUCUUCGUGGCCUUCCUGACCGGGCAGGCGUGGCCGCUGGGCCCCGCGGGCUGCAAGGCGGUGUACUACGUGUGCGCGCUCAGCAUGUAUGCCAGCGUCCUGCUCACCAGCCUGCUCAGCCUGCAGCGCUGCCUCGCGGUCACCCGGCCCUUCCUGACCUCCCGGCUGCGCAGCCCGGCCCUGGCCCGCCGCCUGCUGCUGGCCGUCUGGCUGGCCGCUCUGCUGCUCGCCAUCCCGGCCGCGGUCUACCGCCACCUCUCGGGGGACGGCGUGUGCCAGCUGUGCCACCCCUCCGCGACCCAUGCCGCUGCCCACCUGAGCCUGGAGACUCUGACCGCCUUCGUGCUGCCCUUCGGGCUGGUGCUCGGCUGCUACGGCGUGACGCUGGCGCGGCUGCGGGGCGCCCGCUGGGGCGCCGGCCAGCACGGGAGGCGAGUGGGACGCCUGGUGAGCGCCAUCGUGCUGGCCUUCGGCUUGCUCUGGACCCCCUACCACGCGGUCAACAUUCUGCAGGCGGUGGCUGCCUUGGCGCCCCAGGAAGGGGCCCUGGCGAGGAUCGGCGGGGCCGGCCAGGCGGCGAGAGCUGGAACCACGGCGCUGGCCUUCUUCAGCUCCAGCGUCAACCCCGUGCUCUACGUCUUCACUGCCGGGAAUCUGCUGCCCCGGGCAGGUCCCCGCUUCCUCACGCGACUCUUUGAGGGUUCUGGGGAGACCCGAGGGGGCGGCCGCUCCAGGGAGGGCACCAUGGAACUCCGAGCCACUCCUCGGCUGAAAGUGGUGGGGCAGGGGCAAGGCAACGGAGACCCUGGGGGUGGGGCCGAGAAGGAUUGUCAGGGAUGGGAGCCUUGA